AGUCCGAAGCUCCGCCCCAGAGCGCACUCACAGCCCCCGCGCUCCCUCCCGCGCUGCGCCCACCGCGCGGCCGCGGCUGCCAUGGCAACCUUACGCCGCCGCCGCCGCCUCUUCACGCACGUCGCGAGCUAACGGACUCGGCGGCGGCGGCCUGCGCCCCACCCCCACCCCAUCUGGACCUCAUCGCUGAAUGUGCCCGGACCUACGCCUUCUAGGUCUCUGAAAGAAGAUGAAUUUGGCUGAGAUUUGUGAUAAUGCAAAGAAAGGAAGAGAAUAUGCCCUUCUUGGAAAUUAUGACUCAUCAAUGGUAUAUUACCAGGGGGUGAUGCAGCAGAUUCAGAGACAUUGCCAGUCAGUCAGAGAUCCAGCUAUCAAAGGCAAAUGGCAACAGGUUCGGCAGGAAUUAUUGGAAGAGUAUGAACAAGUUAAAAGUAUUGUUAGCACUUUAGAAAGUUUUAAAAUCGACAAGCCUCCAGAUUUUCCUGUGUCCUGUCAAGAUGAACCAUUUAGAGAUCCUGCUGUUUGGCCACCUCCUGUUGCUGCAGAACACAGAGCUCCACCUCAGAUCAGGCGUCCCAAUCGAGAAGUAAGACCUCUGAGGAAAGAAAUGGCAGGAGUAGGAGCCCGGGGACCUGUAGGCCGAGCACAUCCUAUAUCAAAGAGUGAAAAGCCUUCUACAAGUAGGGACAAGGACUAUAGAGCAAGAGGGAGAGAUGACAAGGGAAGGAAGAAUAUGCAAGAUGGUGCAAGUGAUGGUGAAAUGCCAAAAUUUGAUGGUGCUGGUUAUGAUAAGGAUCUGGUGGAAGCCCUUGAAAGAGACAUUGUAUCCAGGAAUCCUAGCAUUCAUUGGGAUGACAUAGCAGAUCUGGAAGAAGCUAAGAAGUUGCUAAGGGAAGCUGUUGUUCUUCCAAUGUGGAUGCCUGACUUUUUCAAAGGGAUUAGAAGGCCAUGGAAGGGUGUACUGAUGGUUGGACCCCCAGGCACUGGUAAAACUAUGCUAGCUAAAGCUGUUGCCACUGAAUGUGGUACAACAUUCUUCAACGUUUCCUCUUCUACACUGACAUCUAAAUAUAGAGGUGAAUCUGAGAAGUUAGUUCGUCUGUUGUUUGAGAUGGCUAGAUUUUAUGCCCCUACCACGAUCUUCAUUGAUGAGAUAGAUUCUAUCUGCAGUCGAAGAGGAACUUCUGAUGAACAUGAGGCAAGUCGCAGGGUCAAGUCUGAACUGCUCAUUCAGAUGGAUGGAGUUGGAGGAGCUUUAGAAAAUGAUGAUCCUUCCAAAAUGGUUAUGGUAUUGGCUGCUACUAAUUUCCCUUGGGACAUUGAUGAAGCUUUGCGAAGAAGGUUAGAAAAAAGGAUAUAUAUACCUCUCCCAACAGCAAAAGGAAGAGCCGAGCUUCUGAAGAUCAACCUUCGUGAGGUUGAAUUAGAUCCUGAUAUUCAACUGGAAGAUAUAGCCGAGAAGAUUGAUGGCUAUUCUGGUGCUGACAUCACUAAUGUUUGCAGGGAUGCCUCUUUAAUGGCAAUGAGACGGCGUAUCAAUGGCUUAAGUCCGGAAGAAAUCCGUGCACUUUCUAAAGAGGAACUUCAGAUGCCUGUUACCAAAGGAGACUUUGAAUUGGCCCUAAAGAAAAUUGCUAAGUCUGUCUCUGCUGCAGACUUGGAGAAGUAUGAAAAAUGGAUGGUUGAAUUUGGAUCUGCUUGAAUUUCUGUCUGCUCUUUAAUUUCUGGUAUUUUUGUUUAUAAAAUAUGAAGAAAUUCCUGCAAUUUUUAAAAAACAAGUUUGGAAUUUUUUUCAGUGGAGUGGUUUUCACUUAAAGGAAAAAAAAUCUAAAGCUGUGAAGAAUACUAAAUGUGGUUGAGAAAUAAUUCAUGGCGAGAGUUUGCUAGUCUCCCUCCCCGGCUUUGUGCUGGUAUUCCAUGUAUUCCUGCAUUAAUAUUGCACACCCAAACCAGUCUGUCAGGGAGGCUGAAGAAAGGGAGCAGUGUGCUAUUUUAGGAACUUGUUUACAGAAGACUUAGAAAUACCCCUAUUUCUCAUUUGCAGUUUUUUUUUUUUCCAAUUCUUUGCUCUGUCAACAUGAGGGACCUACCUAUAUAUGCUGACUUUUAACAUCAAAAUUGAAUUUGUGUCAAACUCUAUUUGUUGUUAAGAGAAGAAUGACAGUAUAUUUUGGAGGAAAUAAUGAAUUUACUAAUUAAACCUUUAGAAUUUAUGACUUACUGUUAGAGUCUGUCAUAUGGUUAGAAUUUUUACUUCCCCUACCCCUGCCAUUUCUUCUGCUAGCUACUUAAUAACAUCUUGAGCUUUAUUGAGGAAUAUUCUCACGCCCUGUGGUAUUUGAAUCAUUUUGCCAGGUCAUUUCUCUGUCUUUAGUAUUUUUUGCUGGUGCUUCUUACACUUAAUAUGGAAAGGUGGGAAGAAUAUUAUUGCAUUAGAUGUAAUUCUUCAUUCUAGACUUCCAAGUUUGUUUUCACUUUUCUUUGUGUGUGUGUGUGUGUGUGUGUGUGUGAAGGAGUCUCACUCUGUCACCCAGGCUGUGUAGUGCAGUGGUUGAUCUUGGCUCACCGCAACCUCUGCCUCCUAGAUUCAAGCAAUUCUUCUGUCUCAGCCUCCCAAGUAGCUGGGAUUACAGGUGCGCACCACCAUGCCUGGCCUGUUUUCACUUUUCUUUCAACAUGUUCAAACAGAUAUAUAGCCAUUAUUUUUCUCACCUCCAACGUUGUUUGAUUUUUGUUGAAUUUGAUUUUAGUAUUUGAGAUAAAUACUUUUGCAUUCUAAACAAGUCCACUCUCUGUGGCUAACACAAAACAAAUGAAAUCUUUAUAGUUUUCCAAACAGCUAGUUUAACAAAACAGCAUCGUACAUAAUGAAUGAUGUUCAUUGGAAAAUUCUAAAAUUCGUCCUUGUCUAGGUUGAGAACUUUUACACACAGUAAGAUAAAGAUAGAAAUCUGACAUGCUCACUCACUUCAGCAGGAAUUACACAUUAGAAAGAAGCCAGAAAAAGUAAAUGGCAUAUAUCCAAUCACAAGUAAAUGAUCCUGGCAUUAGUUUUUAUGAUUGCAUGUGUCUUAUUAGGCAAUUUAUGCUUUAAUGGUCAAGCUUUUAAAAAUUUGUAUUUGAUAACAUCCUGAAUUCUCAGUUUUGAAUAGCACCUACUGGUUUAAAACUAAAAAUAAUACAGCUUUUUGGACACUUAGCCAAGAUACUAAGAAGGUUUUUUUUAAAAAAAGAGAUUUGAUUCUUUUUCCCUGCUGAAAACUGUAAAUGCCUUAUGUUCUUUUCAGAUAACUUAAGUCUGACUCUAAACUCCAGUAUUCAUCUGAUCUGUAAAUUUCCCUUCUUUCUGAGACACAGAUUAUAAGAUGCCAGAUCAUAAGACAUCAUGAUUUUAUUGUAAUUGAAUUCUUCCUAAAAAUUGAGAGAAGUUUCCUUUUAUUAACUUUUAAAGAAAUAAGUAGUUUCAUUAAGAUUAUUUUGCAAACUAUUGCCAUUCAGAAAUGUACUUUUUUUUCCCUGAAGUUUUAGGAGCCAUCACUAAAACAUUAGUCUUGUGAUUGUUAAAACUUGUUUGUAAUGGGUUGGUGCAAAAGUAACUGUGGUUUUUCCAUUACUUUCAAUGGCAAAAACCGCAAUUACUUUUGCACCAGCCUAACAGUUGAUUAGUUAGACCUUUUCUGGGUUUUGUAUUAAUUAUCUUGGUGUGCAUUUAAUUAUUUUUCUGAAUUCUUCAUGGAUAAUGACAUAGUAAUUGUGAUUCUUUUAAUACCAGUUAAGCAGUAUUUGGCAACUUAAACUUCCUAGGAGCUUAUCUUUACUAUGUUAAGUGAGUCAGGUGUGCUUUUUAUUUCCCUUGUUUCUCAUUUUGCGCUGUCAGUGGAUGGUAGAUGGCUUUGUAGAUCUUAAAUCUCUUAAAGGGUCUUAAAGAUAUCCCUCAGGUGUUCUAUUUAACUUUUAUUUUAUUUUAUUUAUUUAUUUAUUUCGAGACUGAGUCUUGCUCUGUUGCCCAGGCUGGAGUGCAGUGGUGUGAUCUCGGCUCACUGCAACCUCUGCCUCCCAGGUUCAAGCCAUUCUCCUGCCUCAGAGGCCUCCCGAGUAGCUGUGAUUACAGUUGCUGCCACGCCCAGCUUAUUUUUUUGUAUUUUUAGUAGAGACAGAGCUUCACCAUGUUGGCCAGGCUAGUCUCCAACUCCUGACCUCAGAUGAUCUGCCCACAUUGGCCUCCCAAAGUGCUGGGAUUACAGGUGUGAUCCACCGCACCCGGCCCAAACUUUUAAUAUACAACACACACACACACACACACACACACACACACACACACACACUAUUUCAGAAGACAGUGUGUUUCCUUACCCAGAAUGAGUGCUAGGAUAACAGGCGUGAGACAGACACACACACAUACAUACACACAUACAGAGUCUUUAUUGCAGAAGACAGUGUGUUGCCUUAUAGGCAUGAGACACACACACACACACACACACACACACAUACACACAGUCUUUAUUGCAGAAAACAGUGUGUUGCCUUACCAGAAUGAGUGCUUGGAUUACAGGCGUGAGCCACAGCGCCCAGCCCUAACUUUUAAUGUAUAUCACACACACAUUCACACACUCACAUACACACACACACACACACACUCUGACUUUAUUGCAGAAGACAGUGUGUUGCCUUACCCAGAAUGAGAUUGAAUUGUUUUGCUUUGUUAUUCUGUGUUGCGGUAGCAGAUGCAUCAUCAAAGGAAAAAUAUUUGGCUCCUUUAAUUCCUCUGAAAACAUGAGUAUUUUGAGUUCUGCAGCACAAUGACUGUAGGACUAAGCUAAGUCCGCUUCGCAGAUAUCUGAUCAGAUAGUCCCUUCAUUCUGUAGACGUGUAUUGGUUGGUCCAGGACACAGUGGGUGGGAGCUCUGUGGACCAAGACAAAGCUGGACUAGAGAGUACAGUUCCAACUUGGCAGUUUCUCUAACGACUCUGUAUAGCUCCUGGCUUCUACUGCUGAAACAAGAGUUUAGAUCACUGAUGGAGAGGCAUAGUAAUCUGUGCUUUGGAAAAAUAUAUAGAAGUUUUUUUCCCCUGUUUUUUGCACUUUUAAUCUGUUUCGAAAUUAGAACUGAUAUCCAUUUGUUUGAAUAAUGUGUAACUAUUAUGGAUCUAUUUUAAUGAACAAUUUUUACCAUUUCGCAAGCUGCCUGUUUAUUAUAAGCAUGACAUGUUUACUAUAAACCUUUUGCCCCCGUAAUUUCUUUUUUUAAAGGAAAUUAAUAUUAGUGAAAUAUAUCAAAUACCAGCUGCAACCUUCUAGCGAUCCAAGUAGACAAUAGAUAGUGGCAUCACAGACUUUAUCUACACACUUUCGGGUCUGACCACUACCUCCCACAAUACCUAGCCAUUUUGGAAGGGGAAAACAUGUGGUGGUCUAGCUGUAUAGCUCGGGGCUUAAUUUCAGCUUCUGAGAUCACAGUUUUUGUGAUGUCAUAUUUCACUCUCAAAACAUAGGCUGAAAGCACGAAUUACUCAGAAAGUAAGCAAACCAAUACCUGGUGAAUCUAUGGAUAGUCAUACACAUACAUCAGGGGAAAAUGUGUGUGCACAACCCAGAUUUACAAUAUGAUUGGCAUUCUUUGACUUUGCUUUGAGUAGCCUGACUCUGUUGAACAUGAAAUUAUUAGUACUCUAGGUUUUGGAUAGCCUAAGUUCAUUUGAAUUCCUUCCUUAGGAAUAAGUUUUUAUAUACACUGCUAAAUGUGUGAUGAGAAUCAUAAAACAGUAACCAGCUGAGGUAGCUAUGAUUCACUUUCUCCCCACCCUAACUUGAGAUAAAGUGAAGGACUAGGCAAGUAUUUCAUGUUGUGUGAGUGGACUUCGGUUCCUUCAGUAUUGUCUAGGUUAUUCAGUCUUUCUUUGCCUAAUAGUGGAUUCCCACUCUUAAGAUAACUUUUAUCUUAUUAAUGAUAAAUCACUUUAGGGUAUAUUCUGUAUGACAGGCAUAAAAUGUUAAGGGUGAAUGCUGGCCUUUUCCAAGAAAAGGCCACCUUAACUUGUAUGAGGAAAAAAUCCUAACUAUUCUCUUUUUUGUAUCUUUUUUUUCUUUAACUGUUUUGAUUGUAUAUUUUUAAGAAACCACUUAAUUUGUGAUGCACAUAAUAUUUGUGUGAACCUAAGAAUAUGUCACAAUAGAAAAAAGCAGAAAUUAUAGUUGGGGGACAUGUUAGGGGGAUAAAAAUAUUUAAGCCUCAAAUGUUUUACUCUCAUCUCCACUAACUAUUUUUACAGAAAAAGCUAAAAACUCUGUUGUAAUUAUUGUAAGUUUACUUAUUUAUACUUUUAAAUUAGGCUUUUCAUACUUAUUUAAUUUUUUUGACGUUUGCUUUUAAUAUUUGUUUCUUAAUGUGGAAAUUGUGUAUUUUAAUAAUCAAAUUCUUAGGAUAAUAGAUAUAUUUUUAAACAUUCACCUCAUUAACAAAUAGAUCUUUGAAUUUUUAUUAGGUUUUUUUGGCUCCAGACAACUCUUUAGCUUUAAUGAUAUUUCUAAAUUCCCAGUGACUUAUUAAUAAAAACAGGAAAAAUAUUUAGGUAAUGUCAUAAAAUUUAUUUUACCUUUCUCAUUUCCUGAGAAAAUAAAUGAAAAAAACCUGGAUAUUGCUUUGUUACCAGCAGUGUGUAGGUUUUUGUACAUUUGGGAAUUUGGCACAAAAGAAUAGGGAAUUAGUAUAGAGAAGUUUCCUUCUUAUAAAAGGACUCCCAUUUGAUUGUUCGAAACUGUAAAACGCACUUUUACUUUACCAUAUCUGAAAGGACAAAAUAUCGCCCUUUGGAAAACCUGACUCUUUGCACGUGUAAUUCCCAGAGUCUACCUCAGUUAACCAGGCUUAGUUUUAGGCAGGAAUGAAUUGAAUUAAAUUCAGUUCAUCAUCUAUGCAGAUAUGUUUCUUUUAAGCACGUCCCUCCCUCCUGCUGUUGCCCUCCUCCCAUUAACUUUUCUUUUUAAUCUUGAAAUUGUUUAAAAUAUUCCAUCUUUCUUUCUCUAGCAAAGCAUUUAUAUUCCAAAUAAGGCCUCUGUGAAAUGUCUGAAUUACUUUUCCCUUCUUUGUUAUGGUCAGCUUCAUUAUUUGGAUGUAUUGCAUUCAAAGCAGCAGUUUCAAACAUAACACACAUGUAUUUUCUUAGAGUUUUGUAAAUACAAACUAAUGUGAUGACAUUAAAAAUUGUGGAUCCUACAUGUUCCUAUGUUCAUUCUCUAAAAACCUGAGUAACUUUAUGAAAACACACAAACCUGGAAAAAUGUCACAUUUUUGUCACAUUUUUACUGACAAAUGUAUAUUCAUAUGAUGGUAUGGCAGCAGGGAGUGGCCCCCAGUUAACAUGGUUGUGAGUGGACACAGUGUCCAGCAGGAUCACUGCAUGUUAUGAUGGCUUGUAAGUGCGUUGUUAAGACUUUUGUUUCAGUGUUUGUCUCCCAGUAUUUGAACCUAAUUUAAAGAAAAAGACGUUGCCAAGUUGUAUUUAUUAAAUGUGUUUUUCCUUACAUUUUGUGCUGCUACUUUGCUAAUCUCAUUAGCUUAGUUGUGUUUGUGCAUAGGUUAUAUUUGGUAAUAAAUUUAUAGAGUGUUGGUUGUCA